UUCCCUUGACUCAAGUGUGUCGGUGAUCCAUGGUCUGAGGGCUUAUUGCUUGCUGCACAGUGUUCAGUCUGUCUGUCCAUAACGAAAUGGCGUUACUCUACAAAUCAGCUGCAACACUCCUGAGGUCGUCAAAGUUGGCGCCUUUGACAGCAGCAAUAACGCGACAGUAUUCAGCCGGUUCUGGCCAGUUCCAGUACAUCCUGGUGGAGAAGCGUGGGGAGCAGCAGAAUGUGGGCUUCAUCCAGCUGAACCGGCCCAAGGCCCUGAACGCGCUGUGCGACGGCCUGAUGCUGGAGGUGGGGCGGGCGCUCGACACCUUCGAGGCCGACCCCCAGGUGGGCGCCAUCGUCAUCACAGGAAGCGAUCGAGCGUUCGCAGCGGGUGCUGACAUUAAGGAGAUGCAGAACCGGACGUUCCAGGAGUGCUACGGGGGGAACUUCCUCGCCCACUGGAACAAGGUGUCUCUGGUCAAAAAGCCCGUCAUCGCCGCAGUCAACGGAUUUGCACUCGGCGGUGGAUGUGAGUUUGCCAUGAUGUGUGACAUCAUAUACGCCGGGGAGAAGGCUCAGUUCGGCCAGCCAGAGAUCCUCCUGGGGACCAUCCCAGGUGCGGGCGGCACUCAGAGAGGCUGACGGGAAGCCAUGAGAGAUGGGGGGAAGUCCCUCCAGAUGAGCAGGCAGGUAUCACCAGACCAGGAUGAUCCCAGAGAUGCCAAGCAGGCAGGUCUUGUGAGUAGAGUGUUCCCCGUGGACCAGCUUGUCUCGGAGGCCAUCAAGACUGGCGAGAAGAUCGCUGGCAACUCCAAGCUGGUGUCCGCCAUGGCCAAGGAGGCCGUCAACGCAGCGUUCGAGUUGACGUUGGCCGAAGGGAACCGUCUGGAGAAGAGGUUGUUCCACGCCACCUUCGCCACGGAGGACAGAAGAGAGGGGAUGACCGCGUUCGUUGAAAAGAGGAAAGCCGACUUCCAAGAUAAGUAACCGAAGUCGAGUGGAGACGCUGGACUGUCUUAGGAUGGAUGGUUUUCCUUCUACAGUUCCUGCUAUCGGCUGGAGCCUGCGAUGAGAAGUGUGAUGCCUUACUGCGGCUUCCUGCCUGACUAACUAACGAGGUGGCCCGACUGGACAAGCUGUCAGAGUCUCCGUAACACACUUUUGCUGGGAAAUCGCAGGCGCACGCACACACACACACACACACACACACACACACUUCUGAUCACCACUGUUCUCUUUGCCUUCUCUGAAUCUAUCAUGAUUUUAAUACAUUUUCCCCAGAUAUGUUUUUGUCUCAAGAUUUUUUUUGCUGAAUAAAAAUGUAAGUUGUGUUA